UGACAAUAUCCUGGUAGAAAUUUUGUGAAAAAAUAAAUAAGAAUCAGAAAAAUGUCAUUUUAAAAAAUUAUUUGCAAAUCGAAGUUGAAAAGUAGUUGUCAAAAUUGGUAAAACGAUGCGUUGGUAUUUUUAUAUAUUUUCACAGUAAAAUUUGUUAGAAAAAUAAUUAUCAGCUCCCAAAGUGUUCAAAAAAUGACGGACACUAAUAAAAGCUCCAGAAAGAAAUCAUCUAAAUCGCAGUCUGCAGAUACUAAUAAAAUAUUGAAAUUCAUGGGAUACUCUAUUGGGAAAAUAAUUGGUGUGGGAACGUAUAGUAAAGUUUGUUUAGCGCAAUUUACUUCAAAAGAAAAAUCUGAAAAAAUGGCAUGUAAAAAAAUUAACAAAAUUAUUGCUGGGGAAGAUUUUAUGAAAAAAUUUUUACCAAGAGAAAUAAGUAUAUUACAAAAAAUUGAUCAUCCUCACAUAAUUAAAGUUCAUAAUGUAUUUGAGAUAAAAGAAGUAAUUUUUAUAUUUAUGGAUUAUUGUGAACAUGGUGAUAUGCUAGAAUAUAUAAGAAAACAUGGACCAUUAUCAGAAGAAAAAGCAAAAUUUUACUUUAGACAACUGAUUAGUGCAGUGGAGUAUCUUCACAGUUUGCAUAUAGCACACAGGGAUUUAAAAUGUGAAAAUGUACUUUUAUUUACCAAAAAGCAUAUAAAAUUAGCAGAUUUUGGUUUUGCGCGGUACUGUGAUUCUCAAAAUGGUACCGAUAUGUCAAAAACAUUUUGUGGAUCUGCUGCUUACGCUGCUCCCGAAAUUUUACAGGGGAUACCUUAUGAUCCCAAAAUGUAUGAUAUUUGGGCUCUAGGUUGUAUACUUUAUGUACUGGUCACUGCAUCGAUGCCUUUCGAUGACAGCGAUAUAAAAAAAAUGAUCAAAACUCAAAUAAAUUGUGACAUCCUUUUAGUCGGUUUUUCUUUAUGGAAAAAUAAUAGUUCUCAGUUAAGGAUACUACUGGGGCGAUUAUUACAGCCCGAGGUUGAAAAAAGGGCUACCAUUAACGAAGUAGUUCGUAGUUCGUGGCUGAAACAGAAAAAAAGUUCUUCAUCUUCUGAAGAUGAGUACUUGGAUAUAAUAAAUAAUUGAAAUAAAUAAAGAUGAUAAAUUAGA